CAGACGUCGAUCGGCACGGGCUACGAUCUCUCCAACUCGGUCUUCUCGCCAGAUGGCCGCAAUUUCCAAGUAGAAUACGCCGUCAAGGCUGUCGAGAACGGCGGCACAGCUAUCGGCAUUCGAUGCAAGGACGGCGUGGUGCUAGCCGUGGAGAAAAUCAUCACCAGCAAGCUUUUGAAGCCUGGUGCCAAUAAAAGAAUUGCGACAGUCGACCGGCAUGUUGGCAUUGUAUCCGCUGGUCUUAUCCCCGAUGGCCGUCAUUUUGUCGCUCGAGCUCGGGAUGAAGCGUCAUCCUGGAGAGGUGUCUACAAAGGACCCAUUCCUACUUCCGCCCUCGCGAACCGCCUGGGAGGUUAUGUCCAAGCUUACACACUUUACUCUAGCGUUCGGCCAUUUGGAGUCACCUCAAUUAUCGGUGGCUGGGAUAGCGAGGCAGAGCUUGCUGUCGAUGGACAGGUCGGUAGUGGACCGAAAUCUGGCUCCGGCGGGAAGGUCGAGGGGGCCAAAGCUGGCGGACCUGGCCUAUACAUGAUCGAGCCGAGCGGUCUUUACUGGGGGUAUUACGGAGCUGCCACUGGCAAAGGACGACAAUCGGCGAAGGCGGAGCUGGAGAAGCUUGAUUUGACCGGUGGUACUCUAUCCUUGCAGGAUGGAGUGAAGGAGGCUGCUCGCAUCAUCUACGUUGCUCACGAAGACAGUAAAGACAAGGAGUUCGAGCUGGAAAUGUCAUGGAUCAGUUCGGUCGAUGGCCCAACGAAAGGUCGUCAUGAGGAAGUGCCCCAGGAGCUGCGUGAGGAGGCAGAGCGUUUCGCAAAGCGGGCUUUAGAAGGUGAAGAUGAUGAAGAGGAAGACAAGGGCCCAGCUGGAGAGCAGAUGGAGGAAUAA